AUGGGUAACAACAAUUCAACUUCUUCAGUUAGCAAGCCCAUACCCGAGACAUCGUCGAGGUGCCUGACGGAGUGCGCCACCGCCGCCCACAACUUCGAGGUGACGAGGUACUCGCUGCUCGAGGGCAUGGGAGUCGGCAAGUUCGUUAGCUCGAGCACAUUCAGCGUCGGCAGCUAUGGCUGGGACAUCAGGAUCUACCCUGAUGGAUGGGAGGAGGAGGACAAAGCCGCCUACAUGUCAGUCUUCUUGUGUUUCUGCAGUGGAGCAACAACGGCUGUGAAGGUGAGGUACACUUUCAGCUUACUGGGGAAAGAUGGAAAAAUUACUACUAAUCUAGAGGGCGGAACACAUACCUUUCGGUCGGUAGGUACUAUACGGGGCUGGCCCAGGUUUACCGACAAGUGCGAGCUCAAGGAAUUGCUACUCCGUGAUGAUGACUGCUUCACCAUCAGGUGUGUUUUGACCGUCAUAAAAGAGCCUCGCACGGAAGAUUUAAGCACAACUGAAGUCUCAGUUCCACAGUCAGACCUGCACACACACUUUGCUAACAUGUUGAAGGAUGGGCUAGGUGUGGAUGUGACAUUCAGUGUCGGCGGUCAACUCUUCACUGCACAUAGAUGCGUGUUAGCUGCACGAUCCUCGGUUUUCAAGGCUGAGCUCUUUGGUCCAAUGAAGGAGUCCACCAUGAAGUGUAUCAAGAUCGAUGACAUGGAGCCUUCUGUCUUCGAGGCACUUCUUCACUUCAUAUACACAGAUUCUCUGCCAAGUGACUUGGAUCAGGAUCAGAAUGUGGAAUUGCAGCACCUGUUGGUUGCCGCAGAUCGGUAUGGACUAGAGAGGCUAAAGGCUAUGUGUCAAGGGAACCUAUGCCAGAAAAUUGAUGUGCAAACAGUUGCAACCACCCUUGCUUUAGCGGAGCAGCACCACGCCGCGCAACUCAAGAAUGCUUGUCUCAGAUACCUUUCUUCACAGGAGGUGCUUCGAGCUGUCAAGGAGACUGAUGGAUUCAAGCACCUCACAGCAAGCUGCCCGUGGAUUAUGGACAUUUUAGAGAAGGUUGCGCCACCGUCAGGAGUAUGA